AUGAUCCCUGGUUUUGAUAUCGAAGAUAUUGGAAUUAGAAUAGAACCAACAAAUCCUCAAAUUAAAAAUAUUAUGGUUACAGUACGUAAACUUGUGGUUCUUUAUCCAGAAUAUAAUGUUGUAGUAGUAGAUAAAUUAGAUUAUUGCGGCAGUUUAAAUAAUUUAAAAGUUAUUAAAGGAAUGCCAAAUUACACAUUUAUUAAGGGAGAUAUUACAUCAUCAGAUUUCAUGACAUUUAUUCUUAGAGAAAAGAAAAUAGACACAAUAUUUCACUUGGCAGCUCAAACACAUGUUGACAAUUCAUUUGGUGAUUCAUUUGAAUUUACAAAAAAUAAUGUUAUGGGAACUCAUGUAAUGUUAGAAGCUGCCAAGGUCCAUGGUAUAAAAAGGUUCAUCCAUGUCAGUACCGAUGAAGUUUAUGGUGAAGUAGCCAAAAGCAAAUCUAUACUAGCACCAUCAAACCCAUAUUCUGCAACAAAAGCUGCAGCAGAAUGUCUUGUUAAAGCUUAUCAUAAAUCAUUUGGUUUACCCAUUAUAAUAACAAGAAGUAAUAAUAUUUAUGGUCCUUAUCAAUAUCCUGAAAAAAUUUGUUCAAAAUUUAUUUGUAGCCUAAUAAAAGGUGUAAAAUGUUACAUACAUGGUGAUGGGUCUAAUUCACGUAAAUACCUUUAUGCUAGUGAUGUAGCUGAUGCGUUAGACAUAAUUUUACAUUUAGGACAAAUUGGAGAAGUUUACAAUAUAGGAUCAAAUUUUGAAAUUUCCAAUUUGGAUUUAGCAAAAACAUUGAUAAGACAAUUUGGUUAUAAAGAUGAUAAAUAUUUGGAAUUUGUACAAGAUCGUGCCUUCAAUGAUAGAAGAUACGCUGUUGAUUAUCGUAAAUUGAAAGAACUUGGUUGGAAACCACGUAUUGGUUGGGAAGAAGGAUUAAAAAAGACUAUCACAUGGUAUAAAGAAAAUUGUGAUAAAUGGUGGGGCAAUAUUUCAUGUGCUUUAGUACCACAUCCACUCAAAGCUUUACCAUUAACUAAUUAUGAAUUAUCAUAUGAUUCUUGA